AUGGCAAUAUCCUCGUGGUCCUCCAACACCUGGUAUCCGGUGAAGGCCAUCGCCAACUCCAUUGUUAGGGAUUUGGUGAAGCGAGGUCAUGAGGUCACCUUCAUCACACCAUUUUCCCUGGCCCAUGAAAACCUAGGGCCCAACUAUAAGGAAAUCGAGAUUGACCAAUACCAGUCUUGGGCCAUAAUGAAAGAACUGACAAACACCAACACCAUACUGGAAAUGGCGGACUUAAACAAGUUGACCUUCCUCCGAAUGGUCAAUAUCAAAGGCAUCCAGUGCACAGACUUUGUUUUGAGACAACCUCAGAUUCAAGAACUAAUACACGCCAAGGAAAAGAUGGGAAAGUACGACCUACUGUUGGCGGAACAGUUCUACACUGAGGGUGCCCUCAUGCUGGGUCAUCUGUACCAGAUUCCCGUCAUCACCGCCAUGACCUAUGGCGGGACCAACUACAUUAGUCAACUGUUUGGCAUUGUUUCACCUUGGUCGUAUGUUCCUCAUCUGUACAUGCCCUACUCGGCCCGCAUGUCCUUGUGGGAGCGCCUUGGCAAUGUGUUCAUGAGUGGAACGGAGGACCUUCUGAGGAGAUACUCGUACUAUCCCGGACAGGACGCCGUGCUGCAAAAACACUUCUCAAAGCUAUUAGAUAGAGUUCCGACUGUAAAGGAAUUGGAGAGUAAUAUCUCUGCCGUGCUGCUGAAUGGAUAUAUGCCGUUGACAUCGCCUAGACCUCUCGCCUACAACAUGAUUCCUGUAGGUGGACUCCACAUCAAGCCGCCCAAGGCUCUGCCAGAGAAUCUACAGAAGUUCCUCGAUGGAGCCACUCAUGGAGCCAUUUACUUUAGUUUGGGCUCUAUAGUGCGUAAUACGGAAUUGCCGCCAGCGAAGCUCAAAUUAUUGCUAAACGUCUUUGGCAGCCUCAAGCAAAGGGUUUUGUGGAAGUUUGAGGAUGAGAGUCUUCCCAACCUCCCGUCCAACGUGAUGGUGAAAAACUGGAUGCCGCAGAUCGAUAUCUUGGCACAUCCCAACGUCAAAGUGUUCAUUUCCCACGGAGGAAUUUUCAGCCUUCAGGAGGCGGUCUACAGCGGAGUUCCUGUUCUGGGACUGCCCAUCUUUGGCGAUCAGUAUUCGAACAUAAAGCAGGCAGAGGCAGCAGGAUUCGCAAUAGCCUUGGACUACAGGGAGCUGGCUGCCGCAGAGCUCCGUCAUGCCCUUGUCGAAUUGCUGGAAAAUCCCAAAUUCAGGAACAACAUUAAAAAGGCAUCCAAGGUAUUCCGAGAUAGACCUCUGAGUGCCAUGGACACGGCCAUGUACUGGAUCGACUAUGUAAUCGAGCAUAAAGGAGCUCCCCAUCUAGUUUCCGUUGGAGUGGAGCUUCCCUGGUACCAGUUCUACCUCCUGGAUGUGAUCGGACUUGGUGUAACUGCAGCACUCCUAGCAACUCUGGCUAUAUUUGUUAUUUGCAGGAAAAUUUUCAAUUUGGCCAAAAGUAGUUCCAGCCAAAAGAUAAAGAAGACUUAGAAA